AUGGAUCUGCGCAUCACCAUCGCACUUCUCUUCAUACUCAUCUCUGGAGGACACUCUCUCAAGUGUUACGUGUGCCCACCUGAUCCGAAAGGUGUUUGUGAUGCAAAAGAGGAGACAUGUGCUGCUUGAUUUUCAAAAUGUUUAACUGCAACAUUGACAACUUCUCAAGGUUCGUUUACAACGAAAUCGUGUUCAAUGCCGGAUGAUAAGUGUGUAACUGCAAGCGCAGAAACUGAAGCUGGGAAAGUUUCUGCCCGGUGCUGUGAUACAGACCUUUGCAAUGGCGCAGAUGGAGGCUAUAAGGGCAGUUUUCUCCUCCUGCUGUGUCCACUGUUCUUCUACUCUCUGUGUCACUGAAUUCAGCACAACUUCAGAUUCUUCAAGAACACAAACAACAACCACAACACCAGAAUGUAACUCAAUUUACAAAAUACUUGACUAAAUUAAGCUCGUUUAUUGCUCUUGUUUGUAUUUUACUGAUCAGAACGCUGUAUCAAUUAUCCACAAAUUAUUCAAAUGCAAAUUUUGUUUUUUUGUGAAUUUGUAACUGAUUCUGAUGUUUGAAUAGCUUAUAGAAACAUCAUGUACAACAUUCAAGGCAUUUAAAAGUAAAUAUUAUUCAAAAAGGUUUUAAGUUUGAAAUCAUGUUUGAUUUCGAUACAGUCACAUGUAAAACAAAAACGUAAUUUCCACUGAAACAUCCAAUGUUGUUUUAUUGCUAUAUUUUUGCACCCCGGCUUUUUAAAACUAAACAAAACAAAGGUGAAAUUGCCAAACCCAACAUGUAAUAAAGUAGAGAGCUUAAAUGUGUGUUUGUGUGUUGCUUUUUGAAUAAUUAUGGAUGCUCUUUUACAUAAUUUGCAUAAAAAAAUUAAAAGUGUUUUUCUAUUUUAAACCCCUUUGAAACACAUGUUGUUCGCCUAUUAAUGU